AAGCAGCGAAGUGCUCUGGAGAAUCCCAGUCAGCCCUGCUCUGCGCAGCCUGGUGUAGUUUCGGGAGCCACUGAGGCCAAAGUGAGAGUCCAGAGGUCUUCCAGUGCCUGGGCCACGGUGGCGGCCCUGGGCGCAGAGGUGGAGCGACCCCAUUACAAUAAAGAUGAAAGCCUGGGAUUGGUGGCCCUGCUUCUGGGGGCCAUGCUGGGAACUGCCUGGGCUCGGAGGAGCCAGGAUCUCCCCUAUGGAGUGUGCAGGGCUCUGGUGGAUGAACUAGAAUGGGAAAUUGCCAAGGUGGACCCCAAGAAAACCAUUCAGAUGGGACCUUUCCGUAUCAAUCCAGAUGGCAGCCAGUCAGCGGUGGACGUGCCUUAUGCCCUCUCAGAGGCCCACCGCACAGAGCUGCUGGAGGAGAUAUCUGACCGGAUGAAGGAGUAUGGGGAACAGAUUGAUCCUUCCACCCAUCGCAAGAACUAUGUACGUGUAGUGAGCCGGAAUGGAGAAUCCAGUGAACUGGACCUACAAGGCAUCUGAAUUGACUCAGGUAUCAGUGGCACCCUCAAGUUUGCGUGUGAGAGCGUUGUGGAGGAAUACGAGGAUGAACUCAUUGAAUUCUUUUCCCGAGAGGCUGACAAUGUUAAAGACAAACUUUGCGGGCUGGGCGCGGUGGCUCAAGCCUGUAAUCCCAGCACCAUGGGAGGCCGAGGCAGGUGGAUCACGAGAUCAAGAGAUCGAGACCAUCCUGGUCAACAUGGUGAAACCCCGUCUUUACUAAAAAUACAAAAAAAUAGCUGGGCGUCGUGGCGCAUGCCUG